CCAACGGUGGCCAAUCAGUGCAGGUUCCACUACAGCCUUUCACGCCCGCUAUCUGUGCAGAGAGCCACUAAGAGACUUUCGCAGUGGAGGCGCAUGGAUGGGCGAGGAUUGACAAGCGUCCCAGGCUACUAUAUUCAGCAUGGGCUCUUUAAAACCCGCGCUCUCACAGGACGGCGCCGCACUGGGGACCCACUCAAAUCUGUUGCGAACUUCAAACCCUUGAACAGCCAGACUGCCACUCACACACCAACGACCUUCGACCCAAAUCUAAGUUGUGACAGAUUUCCCAUUGCACAUCUGCGGUUUGCAAAGACCCAAUCCAGUCAUUCGCCCCAUGGGACCACUAUUGCAGUCGAUCGAAACAAUUCAUACAUAUGUGCGCAACAGCCCGGCAUAUUCGAAAAACGACGUCCUCGUGGACUCUGCUCGCUGGCUCCUCGUUCCCGUCGGGGUUGUUUGUCUUUUUUGUUUCAGCAGCAUCGACAGGUCUCGGCACCCCGCCAUCAGCAUGGAGUUGGUGGGUGGGGCUCUAGUGGGUGGCCAUCGCUCACACUAGAGGACUCCAAGCAGACUUCCCCGGAGGCCGAGAACUUCUGGGGCCCAAACCUUCGAGCUUGCGGGAUCUAUUCUCAUGCUAUCCCAGCUAAAGGAUAGUGAAGCUAGGACAAGUGUUUCGAAGAUGUGAAUCUUACAAUUGCAUGAAGGGACGCCUCCCAAAUCAUGGAUGGAGAUGGUCGCGUGACAUAUUCUUCUUUCGAGAUCUGGUGCCUGGUUGGGAUGACAUGCAGCAUAAUAUCAGAUAGAGGCGUGUAUGUUACAUUGGCUGAUCUCACUAGUAGAUCUGCCGUUUCAAGGACAGCUAGGGACUUUGAUAUGUCGUAGCCCGCAUUUUAAUAUU